CAAGGCCACAAACUGUUACCAUAUUACAUUGGAAUAUGUGUAACCAUUGGAACUGGUCUUAAAAUGGCAGCGUUUUCUCUAAAUAUUCAAAAACACAUAGAGUCUGGCCUUGUAACUUCCGGCAAAUUCGACGGUUCUCAUGCUUGCCUAGUGGCUGCAACUUACGGUGGAAAUAUCUUGGUACACAGUCCUCAUAGGCAACCACAAAUAACCAGUCAUGAUCAUGAACAACCCGAUAGGAAAUUAUCUUGGAGCGGAGAACUCGCGGAACUUCAUAUAGGAACUGAGAUUACAGCAUUAUGCACUGGUCGACUUAACGAUGAUGAGAGAGAUAUUCUUCUAAUUGGAACCACAUCUCAUGUUUUGGCCUAUAACAUAGAAGAUAAUUCCGAUAUUUUUUACAAAGAGAUGUCUGAUAGUGCAAGAUAUAUAAUGAUUGGCAAAUUAAGUUGGCUUCCAAAUCAAGUUGCAAUCAUCGGUGGCAAUAGUUCCGUGACAAUCUUAGACUCACAAGGUACAGAGAUAUUCUGGGCAGUAGUAGGAGGUACUGUAACUUCAUUAGCCAUCUUCGACUUCGAUGGAGACGACGAAAACGAGUUGAUCACUGGGACAAAAGAAUCUGAAAUAAAGGUAUACAAGAAAGACAAUCUGCUCUGGGAGACUAAAGAAACAGCUUCAAUCAGUACUCUAACUGGUCUGCCCAAUAGAAGAUUUGUUUAUUCAGUAGGAAAUGGCACUCUUGGUGUCUAUGAAAUGGCUCAAAGGCUAUGGCGUGUCAAGUCGAAGCAUCGAGUAGUUGUUACGAGGAGUUUCGAUUUGAAUGGAGACGGUACACCGGAAGUCAUAACUGGUUGGAACAAUGGAAAGGUAGACGCGAGGUCAUUUAAUAAUGGGGAAGUGAUUUUUAAAAUACAAUUAUCUGCCGGAAUAGCAGGAAUCGUGGAAGCUGAUUACAGAAGAAUCGGCAAAUCUGAUUUAAUCGUAGUAUCUUCUGCCGGAGAAGUGCGUGGCUAUGGUUCUGGUUCCACGAUGGAUACACCAGAACCUGGUGAAAUAAUACGUGAUUUGUUAGCCAAAAAGCAAGUACUUCAAAUGGAACUUAGGCAGAGAGGUGCGUCUGUGCCAAAUAUGUAUCAUGGAACGAAAUUGGCAGUUAGCUUGAUGACAUCCAACGGUGCGGCUCGCGUUGCUCUCGCUUCUGGACCUGGACUUUUUAUACAUUGCGCGAUAGUUUUCACUGAAGGAGUGUUUGAAGGUGAAACUCUGGUUGUCCAUCCCAAUAGACCCAAAGGGGAACUCGAAAUAGAACUUCGCCCUCCGAAGAAUGCUCCAGUCGAUAUGCAUGUUAAAGUAUGCGUUGGUCCAGCUGGUGCAGAUCUGUUACAGGUAUUCGAAAUGACGCGUCAAUUGCCACGAUUUUGCAUGUAUCAAAUCAUCGCACGACCUGAGCAAAUUGCAGAGGAUUUCACAAGAAACAGUGUCACAGCUGAGUUCACGGAAAGGCCUCAAAGAAUCGUUCUAUGGUUGAAUCAAAAUCUUGUCCUUCCGGAGGAAUUCGAAGUUAAGGAAGACAAGCCGAACAACGGAGGCAUUGAAAUAUGGCUUCGCGGAAUGAGAGACAAUAAGAUUCAUUGCUUCAUGGCAAAUUCAACGGGAAAAAUAACUAUUCAAACGGAAGAUAUUAUAUUUGCUGGCGAUAUUAUUCAAUCGUUAUCGUUAUACUUGGGCCUCAGAGAGCUUUCUUCCGAGGUUUCAUUUCCGGUCGAAGAGAGGAAAAUGUUGGACGCUCUGGAACGCGUCAAAGAGUUAAAGGAAAUUGACAUUAGGCUGCAAGCAGAGGCAGCUAAUGAAACAACUUUGCUGAAAAAUAUUAUAAUUCGCUUGGAGGACGCGAGAAUUCUCGAGAAUAUCGACGAGAUGAGAAAGAGGCUGGUACAAUUGAAAAAUGUUAAUGUCGACCUGAUCAGGGAACACGAAAUUAGAAUGAAGAGUUACAAAGAACUCACGGCGAAUUUGAAGCAACUGAAUCUUGGGGUACAACAUGCAGCUAGAUUAAGAGUUGGGAAAAGUGCCUCGAACACAGUAGCUCAGUGUAGAGCAGCGAUUCAGGAUGAAAAUUCAAAGGCUCUCAUGCUUGCAAUAAGACAUGGAUGAAUUUUAAUGCUUAAUACGUUUGUUUUCUUUAUUGUUGGCUUUUAUUGAAAUGGAAAUUCACAUUAAACAGUGUAUGGUACUUUU